AUGCGUGAGAAGCUGACUUGGCUGUCUAGCUUGGCCCGGAGAGCCCCAACCCGCAGCUCACUGCCAGGGAGUCGCCAAGGGGCAAGUUCCAGGCGGUUUGGUCCAGGCCAGACAUCCUCAAGAUCCCAAGAGUACGGAGAGGGGGUAAAGAGGUCACAGUGCAAUUGGUCGGAUAACCACACAGGGUUCUAUCCGUAUGAUUGGCUACACCCACACACGCAGAACAGAUAUGGAGAACGCUUAGAACGAAACCGCAUGGAGCCUGCCAGUGGCAAAGCACCAGGUCCCCGGACCUUCAACCCAGUCCCGGCUUCCGAUCAGAGCCCUAGAAUUUCCUACGAGGAAGUCAUGUCAGACGAUCAGAGACUCUCCGUUUGGUUACAACUUAUAUGGAGUCGUGGAUUCUGUUUUGUAGACGGCGUUCCCACGACCCCAGAAGCGACCAAAGGUCUCAUCGAGCGCAUUGCAUUCAUCAGACAUACGCAUUAUGGUGGUUUCUGGGACUUCACGGCAGAUUUAACAUUCAAGGAUACCGCAUAUACCAACGAGUUCUUGGGUGCUCACACUGACAACACUUAUUUCACCGACCCCGCCAGACUUCAGUUGUUCCAUCUGCUGUCCCACACAGACGGAUCAGGAGGUGAAAAUCUUCUCGUCGAUGGAUUCGCUGCCGCUGCUCAACUGCGUCAAGAAAAUCCUAUUCACUACGAUGAGCUUGUAAAGCACAGGCAGCCAUGGCAUGCGAGCGGGAACGAGGACGUCUGCAUCCAACCUUCCGCCCAGGCACCGGUAUUCUCCGUUCAUCCUGACCUGGACAAGAUGUAUCAGAUCCGCUGGAACAAUUAUGAUCGCGCGCCGAAAGUCAACUGGUCCGCAGAGGAACAGGUCGCGUGGUACCGCGCUGCACGCCACUACAAUGAGAUUUUGCAAAGCAGAGAGAUGUGGCAGAAGCUUGAGCCGGGCUCAGCUCUGAUCUUCGAUAACUGGAGAAUGUUGCAUGGCCGGUCCGAAUUCACUGGAAAGAGGAGAAUGUGUGUAAACAAUGAUGACUACAUUUCUCGCCUUCGCCUGCUCAAGUAUGGCCGCGAAAGUGUACUGAACAACCUGGGCAACGUGCGAGAUAUCUCCUCCAACCCAUACUCGAUUGUUUAG